GACCGAUGUGCAGAGAUACGAGACUCUGUCUGAGAUGUUGGAUCACCAACAAAUAAAAACAAGAAAUACAGUCAGUGCGUAAAUCUCACGCAGGUUAAAAUUCCACUUCAUCCUCUAAGAGUAUGUUGAAAGCUUUGACUGGACUUUGCACCCUUCAUCUCACAGCUAUCUUUUUACUUUUUUGGGCCACUAUUGAUGAUGCUUGGUGGUUUACAAGAACCAUGUAUACAGAUCUGUGGGGGAGAUGGGUGAUGGAGAAAAAUGAUGAUGUCUGGGUAUACAUGGACAUUCCGACAUCUUACCGAAAAGAUUACUUGCAGGCAGUGCAGGCCUUUGCAGUGUUGGCCUGCCUCUUUGCUGUCAUCUCCCUGUGUGUGUUUCUAUUUCAACUGUUUACACUGGGCAAAGGAAAGAGGUUUACAAUCUCUGGAGUUCUGCAACUUAUGUCAUGCUUUUGUAUUAUGGUGGCCCUAUCUGUCUAUACGGAUCACUUCCACAGAGAAGAGAGGGACGGCUGGUAUGGCUGGUCGUAUAUCAUGGCUUGGUUCGCCUGGCUGCUAACUCUAAUUAAUGGUACCAUCUACGUAAUCCUGCGCAAGAGGGUGGAUUAAAUCAAUGUAUCUACAAAAAUGGAAGCUGAAGUUAGCAAUGGCUAGUUAGCGAAAUUGAUUAUGCUGAUAGAUUCUUAUUGUUUUCAUUAGUUAGGCCAUUUUUUUCUGAUUAAGAAAUACUUUAGGUGUAGAUACAGACUAAAAUGACUUUUAACCAAGAAUUUUAAAUUGCCAGAAAAGAUUAUGAAUAGCUCAGAAAAAAGUCAAGCCACAAUUUGCCAAAAGACAUUCAGAUUAUCAUAUCAAAAAGUUAUGUUAAAUUAUAUACUGUAUACAUGAUGAGCCCUUGUACUCAAAACCCCAUGGCCAUGUGCAAUACUAGAUAACCUGAGGUUCUUUAGAUUAGAAGAGUGCUUGAGAUGCAGGAAUGUAAUAUGAGGUUUGGGCAGAAAAAAAAGGUGUAAAUGUUACUAUAUAGAUAUAAAAAUUCAGAGGUGUGUAAAUAUACAAUAUUAAUUUAAAAUAUACAGACAGUGUAAAGAUAUAGUUUUGAAAGAUUACUGAUAAAAGAAAUAAAUUAUCUAAUGAACAUUUGUUCAGAAACACUUAUUUGUAUCAUUUGUAGCACCAAGUGAUAUUUUUCUGUUUAUGUCUUGGCAUUUUCUUUUCUUUUAUGUAGUAUGGUUUAUUAUAUUUGCCAAUGAAUCACUGCACAAGUCCGGGAUCAUGACCAACAGAAUUCAUCAAUGUCCAUUUCUAGUCUGGUGCUGUAACAUUUUGUAUAUUAAACAGUAAAUGCAGUAAUGUAUCAGCAUUUGUUAAACCAUACAGAAUAAAACAUCAUCCCAGUUGACAAAGAAAUGGUACAUCUUUUACCAGGCCUUUGUCAUGUUCUUAAGAUAACUAAUGUUAUAAACAUUUAUUGAAUGUUUGCAUUUUCAUGUUAUUACAUAGUAAAAAAAAACUGGCUAUUGGAGGAGAGGACAGAAGGACACAAGGAAGUACGAUUCACUUGAUUUAAAUAAGAAAUUAUUGUGAAGCUAGUAAAAUAUAUAUGAAAGAAUUUAAAGAAAGAGGUUAAAUGUAUACACAGUUAACUACAGGACGUAAUCGGAGCAGUGUGUUUGGGAUCACAAGUGUUCAAUGUGGAUUAUGACAAGUCAUAUGGACAAAGUAUGUGUAAAAUGUAAAUAAA